GUAAAGUGAAUCUCACUCCAAAUUCUAGUAAGCACAAAAGUUUCUCUUAUCCAUUGGUAAACUUAUAAGUAUGAUAUAUCCAUUUCUUGCAUGCACUAUAUAGUGAGGUGAUCAUAUCAUAUCUAGUAAGAAAAGCUUGCUUAAUUUCUCUCAUCAUCAACAACCAUGGAGCUUCUUUCUCCAAUCAGAGCCAGGAUUUCCACAUUCAAAACGCUUGAAACUAGAAAGUUUGGUGCUCCAUUUUCCGUAGCAUGUUGUGCGUCAGGUCCAGCGCAAGACGAAGAAGGUCCAUUUGUGAGCUCCGACUGGCGGGCCUUCCGGGCCGCACUGGUGGCCCGACAACGAGCUCCGCUCUCCUCCGCCGCCGGGCCGCCAAUCACGAUCGGGGACAAAUGGGCCCACACCAUCUACGAGCCCGAGCGGGGGUGCUUGCUGAUCGCGACGGAGAAGCUGGACGGGGUCCACAUCUUCGAGCGGACGGUGAUCCUAUUGCUGUCGACGGGCCCGGUGGGCCCGACGGGCCUGAUACUGAACCGGCCGUCGCUGAUGUCGAUCAAGGAGAUGAGGUGGUCGGCGGUGGACGCGUCGGGCCCGUUCUCGGAGAAGGCGCUGUUCUUCGGGGGCCCGCUGGAGGAGGGCCUGUUCCUGGUGAGCCCGCGAGGGGGCGGCGGCGGCGGCGUGGAGAGGAGCGGCGUGGUGGAGAAGGUGAUGGAGGGGGUGUACUACGGCACCAAGGAGAGCGCGGGGUGCGCGGCGGAGAUGGUGAAGAGGAGCGUGGUUGAGGCGGAGGAGUUCAGGUUCUUCCACGGCUACUGCGCGUGGGAGGGGGAGCAGCUCAGGGAUGAGAUUCGGGCCGGCUAUUGGACCGUUGCGGCCUGCAGCCCGGCCGUCAUUCAGCAGACUAGCGUCGGGGGUGUCGGGCUUUGGGGGGAGAUUUUGGGCCUCAUGGGCCCGAAGAAAGUUUGGUGACUCGUAUUCGGGCUUUGUGUAUACGUGUAUGGGGGAUUUCUGUUGUAUAUAGCUUGAUUGCUUCCAUAUUCAUUUAUUUACUGAUGUUGAAACUUAA